AUGAAGAUUAAAGUGGCUACUAGUUUCAGUUAUCGGAGUGACAGUCGUGAUGGUGCAGAACGAUACAUUAGUUCUGCUGUCACGAUCGAGCCCGAUGAUGAUCAGUCGGUGGAAGAAUAUGAUGAUGAACGCGCACUGGAGACCACAUACACUACGAAUUUGACAGAAAAACCAUGCCUCCCGUCCGGUCAAGAACUGACAAAGAAAUUCAGUGAUGUUGCUCUACCAGAACCACGGUUUAUGAUAAUUGGCAAACCGUGUACGGGAAAGACUACCUUAGCCAAGCAGUUGUGUAAACAGUUCGGUUGCGAACUUGUGAAUGCGACUGAGUUGAUUGAAGAGAAUCUGAGAAACCAGACAGAAAUUGGGCGUACAAUACAAAAUAUUAUGGUAGAUGGUCGUGAUUUGGAUGACGAAAUUGUAUUGAGAAUGCUUGCGGAGAAAUUGCAAUCACCCAAUUGUAUCAAAAACGGCUACGUACUGGAUGGAAUCCCAACACAUAGCGAGAAUGCUCUUUCAAUUGAGAGGCAACUGGAUUUCAUUUGUGCAUUGGAGAAUCCUCCCGUCUAUGUGCUAGAUAUAAAAAUCACAAAUGAAGAACUCCGAGGUCGAUGGGAAGACAUGAAAAUUGAUUACAAGGAUGGACAUUUGUACCCAAAAGAGAGUUAUGACUUUAAUGCUCAAUCACUUCGGCCAGGAUCUCCCGUUCACCCAGACUUUCCUUUGGUUGAUUCGGAUAUCAACGAACGUCUUUUAACCCGUCAUGAAGAAAUUUCAGAGAACCUAGAUCAACAUUUCGCUUUCUAUGACUCAAAAGUUCAAAACAAAGUGGAUGAUUUUAUGUCUAGAUACGACCCUUCAUCAGUUAUCAGCCUAGAUGGUCAUAUUUCCCCCACCGAGCGAUUUGAAGUGACCAUGAACAGAUUAAAAACUAUCUCCAAUCAGAGUCAAGAUGGCACGGAUACACGCAGCCGGACACCAGUAAUGAACAGCGAGCGACUACAAAUAACAGAUUCUAUGAAAGCCUCAUUCAAAGCGGAUAAAACAUUAUGGAUCGGUCAUGCCCCGCGUCUUGUGGUCUUUGGGAGACCAGGUAUCAAAAAGAGAAUCCUUGUCAAAGCACUGUGUGAUACAUGGGAUUGUGAAUAUGUGAAUGUUGCGGACAUUAUCCAGCAUCAAGUGGUUGCGAAAACACCUCGUGGUUUGGAAAUAAUUUCAAUCCUCUCUCAAGGUGAACAGUUACCUGAUGAAUUUUUGAUUGAAUUCCUUAUGGAAAGGCUCAGUUCUCCUGAUUGUCGCCAGAAUGGUUACAUAAUUGAAGGUCUGCCCACCUAUGGUGAAGACGCUUUAUCCAUUAAAAAACAAAUCGAAUUUCUGGAACAGCUCUAUCCGGAGCCAUACUUUUGGGUGGUCAUUCGCGCCCCGGAGACUGGAUCGCUUCAGGCUCGGCCCACUAGUUUCUCCUCCGAUAUAUGUCCAGGGACACCGGACUACUCUUGUGAGUUGUCAUCCCUAGAUGAAGAAAUCAAGAGACGUCUGCUCGUUCGACGUGAAGAAUUGCCCGAAAACCUGGAAACUCUUACCCGAUUCUAUAAAGAACGUGUUGAAGAACCAUUGGGCGAGUUCAUUAGUCGCUGUGCUCCCAAGUCUGUGAUAUGGCUUGAUGGAACGCUCAGUCCGUAUGAUUUGGGAUUGGCUUUGAUUGCUGCAAUCCGUGCAACCAUUGAUGAGUGCGGCUUGAAAGCUUCAGCACCCCGUCCCAAGAAUUACCUUCCCACUCUUGCCUUUCCUCAAGAACCGAAUCCUGAUACGGACGUGUUAUCUUCUACGAGGGUAGUGGAUUCAGUUGGAUCAUUUGAGAACGUAGAAACACCUCGUUCUGCUGUUGGAGGAGCUGUUGCUAGUGAGGAUACUGGUUCUGAAAAUCGCCAAAUGCCGACCGAAUACAAGGGUUUCGCUGGCGAAUUUCAUUUGCGAACACAAUACCGUUCGACGACCAGCAAUGCUAGUCAAAUUUCUGAUACGGAACAGAAUCGGAUGGCGACAGCACUGGGAACCAUGGGGUCUGUGCCAUCUAUUCUAUCAAAGUCUAGCGGCGGGAAUGAUAUGGCCGGACAACCAAACACCAGUGAAGUUGCCAUUCGCACUCCAGCGCUGCGUAGGGCGCCUGAGAGUGAACAGCAAAAGUGUUGUUGCCACUGCGGGGCCAGAUUCGCUGAGAUGCCGGAUGAUAUUCUAAGGGCUCGUUGGGAAUCGGUAAAAAUUGAUCUGGAAAGUGGUAUUCUAUACACCGACACAACAUACAAACUGCGUUCCGGUUCGCGGCAUUUGGUGCCAACCUGUUGUGUAACAAUACCGGAUGAUAUAGGUGCGCCAAAUGGUCUUCCUGAGGAGAAACGAACUCUGAUUAAGCGUUUCGAAGAGCUGUCUGAGAGCAUGGAUAAUAAUAUCACUUUUUAUCAUGAAGUUGUAGAACCUCAAGUGCGUGAGUGGUUGGACAAAUACCAUGCUGAUAACAUUAUAUCCAUGGACGGCGAUAUGGACGUGAAUGAAAUCUUCUAUAUGUUACACCAAAAGAUCAGCAAAAUUUUGGACAACCCGAACACACCCCCAAGGUUACUUUUCAUGGACAAAGCGAAUUCGUUCGUGCCGGGUUCAUGUUGUCGUCGAUGUGGGGCACGUUACACAAAUCUGGAACGCCAACCCGAUUUGUGGCCAGACGAUCCACCUCGUAUUGCUAUUUUGGGCAAACCCUGUACAGGGAAGACUACUUUGGCCAGACGUCUCUGUGCUCAAUGGAAUUGCCAACUGAUAAACGCCACGGAUCUGAUGCAGGAGCAUCUGAAUCGAAACACCGCGACGGGACAACGUAUAAGAGAAAUACUCUGUUCUGGAGCAGAUUUGUCGGAUCACUUUGUAGUCAACAUGCUUUUGGAAAAACUCUCAUCCCCCGGUUGCACAGAAACCGGCUACGUGAUUGAUGGCAUUCCAACACACAGUGAAAAAUCGCACUCAAUUGCUUCUCAAUUGGACUUCUUACGCUCGAUAGUUCCACCACCAGACUAUCUUUUCGUGAUCGAGAUACCUGAUGCUGCGUUAAGAGAACGGUGGCAAACGAUUCGGAUUGAUGUUGCCGACGGGACUUUGUACACCACGCGCAUGUUCGGUAACCUGGGUCGGCAUCCUUCACAAUCUCGAGGACGAUGUACAAGACACGCUGAUUUUCCAGAGUUGGAUGAUAAAACACGGCAACGAUUGAUCACCAGGCAUGAAGAGCUUCCCGAAAAUUUGGAUCGUCAUUUCCAAUUCUACAAUGACCAAAUUGCUCCACAGUUGCGCGAGUUUAUUCGCCAACAUAAUCCAGCCAAAUUAGUCAUACUUGAUGGAGAACAGCACGCGGAUGCGAUGGUGAACUGUUUUAAGGCAUUGUACACCUCCCACGUCAGACCUCGCUUGGAGUUCGCGAGCGCCGCGGCAUAUUCCUAUACAACUGCUGAAAUGGUGAAGCUGGAGAGAGUCCAACGAGCUGCCACCCGUAUGAUUGCCGGGUUACGCGGGUGUUGCUACACCAAACGAUUGCAUGCGACUGGAUUGUUUCCGGAGUCCUAUCGCCGAGUACGGGGUGAUAUCUGUGUGCGACGUAUUCUUCGCGGUGACAUGGGUUCAGAUUUGAUGGAGUAUUUCCCUCUGCGCGAGCAGACCAGGACUCGUGGACAUGGACUUACGCUGUUGAAGCUUUCGUCCACUUUGUUGUAUAAGCUCAAUGUCAUGGCACGAAAUCCAAAUGUACCAACAGCAGAACUAUUUGCGGAACCCCCACGCCCCGGACAUGAUAGGGAUAUGUUUUGUAACUGUCCGCACCAUAAUCAUAUGCAAGUUGAGCCUAUCGCUGAGCUUUGGACAGACAAACCGCCCCGUGUGCUUAUUGUGGGCAAACCGUGUACAGGAAAAACUACUUUGGCUAAACGUCUAUGUGCUGCAUGGAAUUGCGAAUUGAUUAACGCAUCGGAAAUGAUAAGACACGCAUUAGAGACAAAAUCUGAUUUGGGGCGGUCUAUUCGUGAAAAUUUAGUCAAAGGAUACGAUCUCAAUGAUCAUCUAAUAUUGGAGUUGCUGCGCCAAGCGAUCAACAGCCCAGCAGCAAUGUCAAAUGGAUAUAUUCUAGACGGGUUGCCGACACACAGUGAAAUGGUCAUGUCUGUACCAGACCAGUUACAGUUUUUACGGAAACUGGAGAACGGCCCGGAUUACAUUAUUGAGAUUCAGAUGGCUGAUGACAAGCUUCGCAAUCGGUGGGAGGCUAUUCGAAUUGACGUUGCAGAUGGCACGUUGUAUUCACGCCUCAAUUACGACCGUCCACCCGCAGUUCAAGUGAACGGACGUCGAACACGCCAUCCGGACUUUCCUAUCAUUGAUGAGCAAACUAAGGAUCGCUUGUUAACGCGCCACGAGGAAUUGGCUGAGAACUUGGAUCGACACUUUGAAUUCUAUCAUCAAAGAAUUGAUGAACCCUUAAAACAACACAUCGCUUCUCACGAUCCAUCCAUGGUUGUGCGUGUGAAUGGUGAUCUGUCACCAACACAAUUGUUUCAGUCAGUUCUAUUACGGUUGUCUAUCAUGUCAAGACAUCCAGGCGUGGACACAGCUGUACUCUUCCCGACAGGAAGCGGUGAAUCCGGUGAGGCAGAAGACAGCAGUCAUUGCGAAUGUGGAGAUGCUGACGGAGCUGGUUUCGGCCGAAAUCGUAUGAUUUGGCAGCAGGACGUACCCCGAGUCAUGAUUGUGGGCAAUUCUUGUUCUGGUAAAACCACGUUGGCCAAAAGACUUUGCAAGGAAUGGGGUUGCGUGCUGGUCAACGCCAGUGAAUUGAUUACGCAACAUCUGAACAAUCGCACUGCUUUGGGUGAUCAGUUUUCCAAUAUCCUACGAUCUGGAAAAGAUUUGCCCGAUGAUCUCGUGUUGCAUAUGAUUCACAAUAAGCUCAUUUCAGACGAAUGCAACGAAAUGGGUUAUGUGUUGGACGAUUUCCCCACAUCAAGCGAGAAAGGAUUAUCCAUUGGCAGACAAUUAGAAAUGCUCAACGGCCUACCAUUUCGACCAGAAUUCAUUAUCCAAAUAAAUAUUCCCGAAAAUGAUUUACGCCAAAGAUGGGAAGCAAUGCGAAUGGAUAUCGCUGAUGGUGCACUCUAUGCAUCAAAUGUUACAGCCGAUACCCGCAGUGGUUCACAAGCACAUCCGAGGUUUCCCACACCUACAGCGAAACAACCGGAACGUCUUAUCACAAGAUACGAAGAGCUGACUGAGAAUGUAAAUCUUCAGAAUCGAUUCUACCAGGACUAUGUGCAACCGCAAAUCGCCGAAUUCAUUCAACAAUAUCCGAAGGAAUUUGUGAUUACUGUUGAUGGGACAGACUCACCGGCAAACGUUUUUCGAUCGUUCUUGCAAAGCGUUCAAAGUGACUUAAACAACAUCUUCCGAGAAUUCUCAAGCAGACUGUAG